CUCAAAUCGUUGCUCAAAACGCGACACCGGCCGCCACCUACGCAGUCAUCAACGCCACGUCGACUAAAACAAACAAAAAUAAUUGUUUCCGCUUUAUUUUUUUCCACUGUCACUCUGAAACAGAGUUUGACACCGUGCACUAUGCUGGAUCCGUCUUCUAGCGAAGACACCGGCGGGGAGUCCGACCCAGAAGUUGUCCAGGAUCCCCAGAGGAAACCGGCCGCCUCCUCCUCUGCAGGGAAACGGGAGAGCAGCAGCAGCAGCGACCGCACGGCCGGCCAGCACCUGCGGUCCGCCGCACCUGGAAGCGCCCUCGGCAAAAGUGCAAAAGAAAAUAGCACUACAGGUGAAGCGCAAGAGAAGAGGGAGCAUGAGCAGAUCCAGAAGGAGGAAGAGGAGAGGAAAACUAAACUGCAGAUUUAUGUAUUCGUCCUCCGGUGUAUAGCCUACCCGUUCAACGCAAAGCAGCCCACCGACAUGGCCCGGCGACAGCAGAAGGUGAAUAAGCAGCAGCUGCAAGCAGUAAAGGAGCGUUUUCUUGCUUUCCUCAAUGGGGAAACGCAAAUUAUGGCAGAUGAAGCUUUCUUCAACGCUGUGAGAAGCUACUAUGAGGGCUUCCUAAAGAGUGAGCGCAUUUCCCGGAUGGUUCAGAGCGGUGGCUGUUCAGCUAAUGACUUUCGUGAGGUUUUCAAGAAAAAUAUUGAGCGGCGUGUCCGCAGCCUUCCUGAGAUCGAUGGUCUGAGCAAAGAGACUGUGCUCAGUUCCUGGAUUUCCAAGUAUGAUGCCAUCUACAGGGGGGAUGAGGACAUGCAGCGUCAACCACAGCGGGCACACCUAAAUGCUGUUUCAGAGCUCAUCCUUAGUAAAGAGCAGCUCUACGAGAUGUUCCAGCAGAUCCUCGGCAUCCGCAAGUUUGAGCACCAGCUGUUAUACAAUGCCUGCCAGCUGGAUAAUGUGGACGAGCAGGCAGCUCAGAUCCGUCGAGAGCUGGACGGCAGGUUACAACUAGCUGAGAAGAUUGUCAGGGAAAGGAAAUACCCAGAGUUCGUCUCUGCUGACAUGGAGGCUUUGUAUAUGGAGGAGUUGCGAUCAUCUGUCAACCUGUUAAUGUCGAAUUUGGAGAGUCUGCCAGUGUCUAAAGGCGGUCCAGACUUCAAACAGAAGCUCAAAUGUUCCUCCCUGAAUAACUCCUUUCUGGAUCUCGGAGACGAGGGAGCCAUUCUGUCCAAGUCAGACAUUGUGCUGUCCUUCACUCUGGAGAUUGUGAUCAUGGAGGUCCAGGGGCUGAAGUCAGUGGCCCCAAACCGUAUUGUUUACUGUACCAUGGAGGUGGAAGGAGGAGAAAAGCUACAGACUGAUCAAGCAGAAGCCUCAAAACCACAGUGGGGGACUCAGGGGGACUUUUGUACAAGUCACCCUCUGCCUUCGGUCAAAGUGAAGCUCUUCACAGAAAGUACCGGGGUCUUAGCUUUGGAGGACAAGGAGCUGGGCAGGGUGGUCCUGAACCCAACCACUAAUGGACCAAGGCAGGCAGAAUUCCAUCGGAUGGUCAUCCCUAAGAACAGCCAGGACAAGGAGCUGAAGAUCAAACUGGUGGUCCGCAUGGACAAGCCUCCUAAUAUGAAGCACAGUGGGUACCUGUACGCUAUGGGACAGAGAGUCUGGAAACACUGGAAAAAAAGAUACUUUGUUCUUGUUCAGGUUAGUCAGUAUACAUUUGCAAUGUGCAGCUACAGAGAGAAGAAAGCUGAGCCUCAGGAGCUGAUGCAGCUGGAUUGCUACACAGUGGACUACUGUGACCCGCAGCCAGGUCUGCCUGGUGGUCGGUUGUUUUUCAAUGCAGUGAAGGAAGGUGACUUGGUGAUGUUUGCCUGUGAUGAUGAGCAGGACCAGAUGCUGUGGGUCCAGGCCAUGUACCGGGCCACUGGACAGUCCUACAAACCGACCCCCCCACCACAAAAUAGAACCACAUACUGCAGAGGAGGAAACCAAAAAUCAGCAUCCCCCAUCAGUAAUAAAGGUCUUGAUCCAUCUCAGCGUCAGGGAGUGGAAGAACUGAUUUCAGCAUUUCCAUGUCGAUUCAACCAUGCUGCCCUAUUCACCAUUUUACAGAAAAACACACUCAAACACCGAAUGAAUGACUCCUUCUCCUGCUUGGGCUGGUUCAGUCCUGGUCAGGUGUUUGUCCUGGAUGAGUAUUGCGCACGUUAUGGUGUUCGAGGGUGCCACCGCCACCUGACUUACCUGAAGGAGCUGAUGGAUUAUUCAGAAAACAACACAAUCGUUGACCCCAUGCUGCUGCACUACAGCUAUGCCUUCUGUGCCUCCCACGUCCAUGGAAACAGGCCAGAUGGGAUAGGGACAGUCACCAUGGAGGAGAAAGAGCAGUUUGAAACAAUCAGAAGUCGUCUUAUGGCUCUACUGGAAAAGCAGAUCACACAUUUUAGGUAUUGCUUUCCCUUUGGACGACCAGAUGGGGCCCUAAAGGCAACUCUAUCCCUUCAGGAACGGGUUUUGAUGAAAGACAUCACUACCCCUGUUCCUCCAGAGGACAUGAAGAAACUGGUGCAGAGGUGUCUGGAACAAGCAGCUCAAAUCAACUACUGUCAGCUGAUUGAAUAUGCUCAAAUCAAGGGUGAGAUGGACCCUCGGGUAACUCCAGAGAAAAGACUGGAGGACAUGAUGAGGCUGGGAGAGCUAUGCAUUGAAGUUCUGCAGCAAAAUGAAGAACAUCACUCUGAGGGAAGAGAGGCUUUUUCAUGGUGGCCAGAGCUAAUGACUGAACACGCUGAGAAGUUUCUGUCUCUGUACAGAGCCGACAUGGACGCAGCUCUUCAGGUCCAGCCAGUCAACUCCUGGAACAGCUUCCCACUAUUUCAGCUCUUCAACAAUUUUCUGCACACAGACCUUCACUUGUGCAAUGGGAUGUUUCACAAACACCUGCAAGACCUGUACGUCCCCCUGGUGGUGCGAUACGUCGAUCUAAUGGAGUCAGCCAUUGCCCAGUCAAUCCACCAUGGCUUCAAGAAGGAGACCUGGCAGCCUGUCAAAUUGUUAGCUAACAGUCUAUCCAGUGUUCCUCUGGCUAAAGUACCCAGCCUUCCCCUGCCACAGAUACCAAUCUUCUCAGCAACUGCCUGGAUUGGGCCGAUGUGUGAGAACACCAAUACUUCAGCCACCUCAGAGGAUUUGUUCUGGAAGCUAGACACUCUACAAAUGUUCGUGAUGGACCUCCGCUGGCCAGAGCCGGAGUUUGCCAAGCAUCUGGAGCAAAGACUCAAACUGAUGGCCAGUGACAUGAUGGAGGCCUGCGUCAAAAGAACAAAAUCUGCAUUUGAUGCCAAAAUGCAGAAAGUGAGCAAGUCAACAGACUUCCGGUUGCCGCUCUCCGUCUGCACCAUGUUCAACGUGCUGAUUGGUGCCAAAAAGCAGUGCCCCAAACUCUGUGUGUUGAACUGCAGUCAGGAGCAACAGUACCACUCCAAAAUUGAUGUUCUGAUUGAUGAGGCAUUAAAAGAAAUUAUUUCAUCCCUCGUCUCAAAGUUUUCCGCUGUUUUAGACGGUGUCCUGUCCAAGCUCUCAAGAUACGAUGAAGGGACAUUCUUCUCUUCAAUCCUCUCUUUCACAGUGAGGGUUCAUGCCAAGUAUGUAUUAAUUUUUAAACCAGGGUUGGAUCUGGCUGACACCUACAUUACUUUUGUACGACAGAACCAGGACAUCUUCCGAGACUGCAUCAGUGAUGAGCUCUUCAUCAAGAUGGUGUUUGAUCAAUGGUACACUGGUUCCAUGAAGGCGGUAUGUGUUUGGCUGACUGACAGGCUAGACCUACAGCUGCACAUGUACCAGCUGAAAACACUCAUCAAGAUUAUUAAGAAGACCUACCGUGACUUCAGGCUGCGGGGUGUCCUGGAUGGCACGCUGAACAACAAAAGCUAUGAGACCAUCUACAACAGGCUGACAAUGGAGGAGGCUACUGUGGCUGUCAAGGAAGGUGAUGGCCAGCUGGGCAUCAGCAUGAGAGACAGUGAUGAGGAGGAUGACUAAAUACACACACCACACAUUCUCCCGGCACAGAACUGGUUACUGCUUGAUUAUCAUCUUCUCUAACAGACCUUUCAUCACAAUUGAUGCUCUACUACAUUUCAUAAAGUAGUUCACACAAACCUGAAGAACAGUUAACACAUUGUUCUAGUAGGAUGGUUGAAAUAUUGCUAUGGCAUUUUCAACAAGGACAAGUUAUCAAUUCGUGCUAGAUUGCAUCAG